GAGAUGUUAUUUUAGUGGCUCUCAAUUAUUGUGUUCUUUUUUAAUUUUGUUUGAAGUGGUACCAACAUGGUGAAUAAAAUGUAUACAGUUAGUUCGGAAAAUGACAUUAAAUAUACAGGAAGCAAACAUAAUCAAGUAAUCAUGUCUAUUAUAGUAUGCAUGCCCAUAGUCUCCUAUGGGGCUGCAAUGGGUUGGAUAUCUCCUAACAAAGCUCUACUAAUGGGAGAUUCGUCACCGUCAAGUUCUCCUCUCAGCGAGGAGGACGUCUCCUGGAUGGCGUCGAUCAUGUUCAUAUUUGCACCGAUUGCGGUGUUUGUUUUUGGUGUGGCUGCAGACAAAUAUGGGAGAAAGAAGUCUUUGUUGAGUUGUUCCGUUCCUAUAGCUCUGGGCUGGGCUGUGAAACUUCUAAGCGCACAUCCAAUAGCCUUAAUCGGCGCCCGCGCAUUUAUUGGCUUCGGUGCGGGCGGCGCGUUUGUUGUCUGCCCGCUUUAUGUCAAGGAGAUAAGUGAGGACUCUAUCAGGGGGAUGACUGGAACCUUCAUUAUUUUCUCACAG